UAUCAUCUUUAGGAAAUGACGAGGAUAUCGAAUGGUAUCGAAGAGAACAUUGCGCAACAGCACACCGUGUCCUUUUACCUUUCCGCUUCGAAUUCAGCUCAUGCUAACGACCGGCUGGGUGGCUGGAUGGACGCUGCGAACUCCUCCCCUCAUUUGCGAGUGAAGAAGUGGAGCGAUCGUGCCAUUAGCAGGAAGCUGCGAGUAGCGCCGGUCUGUUCUGACAUUGCUUGGCGGAGAAACUGGGUGAAGAUGGCGCCACGACUCGUGCUGUGUGUCUUCUUCGUGAGUGUAGGCAGCCUUGCCCCCGUCAGACCAAGGGGACGUCGACGCUUUGUCUUCUCAGACUCCAGUGGAUGCAUUGCGCAAUAUACUCUAAAAGCUGUUGACUGUCUGCGAGUUAAUCUGUCAUCGUGCAUGAGCUUCGACCAUUUAAAGGAAGCUGCGGACUUCCUCAUCGCCACCAGGGACUCGUCAUGUUCUCCAGUGAUGUCUCAGGAUGUGAACCAGUGCAUCACGAAGUUGCAGCAGUGCCAGCUGUUGUUGCAGCCCCUGUCCGACCCAGAGGACAUCGACCCUUGUUCUACUCAGACACCAGUGGAUGCAUGCGCAAUAUCCUCUAAAGCUGUUGACUGUCUGCGAGUUAAUCUGUCAUCGUGCAUGAGCAUCAGCCAGGUAAAGGAUCUUGUCAACACCCUCACCGCCACCAGGGACCAGUCAUGUUCUCCAGGAAAUGUGUGUCAGCAGAAAGUGUCAAUGUGCGCCUGUCAUUUGAGAAAAAUCAAUCCCGAUGUCAAGGAUAUAAACGCAGAGACUCUAUCGGUCAUGUGCGCCGCCGUCAAUGACUUCCAAGCUUGCAUCGCGGACUGCGCAAACAACCCCCAGGUCCAGCAGGGAUAUGCUGUUCAAAUGCAAACCUUCGGGAGCAUGUGUCCAAAAGGCGCGACAGUACGACUAGGAGUAUCCUCCAUGUUGACGACGCUGAUGGCGAUGGCUGUGCUGCUGUGGUUGAAGGUGUGAGCUGCCUCCGUCUUGCAUGUGUCUGAGUGAGUGCCAGAGUACCCACAGGUUUCCAUGACAGCGAGGGCCCAACGACUAAAGCUCAAGAUGAAACCCGAUGGCGUACGACGUUCAAACCUGAUGCAUGUAGCGGAAAUCUCUCCAACUUGCGAAUUUCUUUAAUAGUUGUGAAAUUUUGUUUUAUUUUUGUUGCUCACUCUGUUCCCUUUGAUGAUUUUGAAAAAAAUUUAUACAUGGAUAAUCGUUUUUUCAAUCACACUGUUUUAUAUUUUAAUGUUUCUUAGUGACACGCACCGCCUUUUGUGUACAACAUUUUUACCUACAGCAGCAGAAUAUUAUGCAAUAUUUUGAAGCAGUAUUGUUUUAAGAUUUUUCUAUUUUAUUAAAAAUCAGAAUUGUAAUCAUCCGCUAUUAUCUACACUCUAUUUAAACUGACUGUGCACUCUAUUAUCUAAGAACAAAUGUACUAAAAAAUCUGCUGUGUUUGAUUUUGAAAAGACAUACACACUUAAUGUUUUUACCCCUUGUCUCCCUUUCCUAAAAGCAUUUCCUAAUUUAGUUUUUAGAAAUUUACAAAUUUUGUCCGAGACCUGUGCCUAUCGUCAAGGUUGUCAGAGUUUCAUCUGCAGUGGACAUCUUGACCUGUGCCACACAUCAUUUAUGUCCUCAGAAGCUCUGGUGGGCUGUCAUUCAAUGUCACCAGAGGGCCUGUAGAGUUAUGGCACUGGGAUGUCAUCCCGACCAUUGCAUGUGAGACUGUGUGACGAUGCUUCCUCAGCUCCUCCACAGCUUUUGUAUGCACAUUGUGCUGUUCGUCCAGCAUCUCUAACGUCCAUAGCUCAACUGUGACAAGGGGAAUAACAAAUAGUUAAAACCUCCCGCCCCACCCCCCUUAUUCUUAGACAGAACGCAUGUUGCUGACAAGAUUUUAAUUAAUCAGGUAACAGAAAAAAGACUCAGGAUCAAGCGAUGUGAACCCAUAUCAAGAUUUUCGAGGCUUGCAAUGACGACCGUACAGAGAACAGAUCAGGUCGGUAGAAGACGAGGCAGGCCAUGAAAGAAACGAACAGACGACAUCAACAGUGGAAGUGACUGACGCUCGGUACACUCCAGAGAAAUGUAGAGAACAGAGAAACCUGCUGACUGUAUGGCAGGUGUCUUCUAGCGGACAAGAAGGAAAUGUUGUUGAUGAUUUCGUGAAUGAAAAUAAUGACGAUGAGGAGGUGAAUAAUUGAUGGUGAGCUCCACGUGCGACCUGUCUGACCUCAGAAGCACGUGGUCAAAAGCUGCGACACAUUCCACGCCAAACUGUCUCAGGGCAACUGUCGCUGUCACCAAUCGGCGCUCCGCCUGUUACCUGUCAUUACCUGUCAGCUCCGCCUGUUACUUGUCAGCUCCACCUGUUACCUGUCAUUACCUGUCAGCUACGCCUGUUACCUGUCAGCUCCGCCUGUUACUUGUCAGCUCCACCUGUUACCUGUCAUUACCUAUCAGCUCCGCCUGUUACCUGUCAGCUCCGCCAGUCCCCAGUGUGUUUGCUCAUAAACUGCAUCUCAGUGAUUUUGUCUUUUUGAUCAGAGGCAGCGCGAAGUCGUUGAACUUUAAGAACUUUGUUAUCACAUUUUGUAUCAUUUACUAUCAACUGUUGUUAAUUUUAUUAUCAAUUUUUAUAUAGCCUUAAUUCAAAUUGAUUUUUUAAUAAAUAUUAUGCUUAAACUG